UUGCGCAUCGAAUAUGGUUAUUGCCUAUCAUUUAUGUACAAAGCAGUUAUUGUCGCUUAGUCACGUUUGCCUUUCAAACGUCGAUAUGCUUUUCAUCACUCAUUUUUGUCAAUUCAUAGCCCAUUAACAGAUAGAAUGGACUCGGAUAGCUAUUCCACGAUAUCAGAACACAGCACGUCCGAUACAAGCAUAAUAGAAGACUCGAUGCCAGAUACAAGCAUUUCUAGCUGCCGUUCAGAAUCUACGAAUAGCGUAUCAAGUGAUCAAGAUGUGUCUAACACUGAAGAUACACAUUCACCUUCGAACAAUGACACCAGAGGUUCAGGUUCGAUCUAUUCAGAUGACGCUGAAGAAUCUGAUGAGGACACAACAUACGAUACUGAUACGUCCAUUUCUGAAAUCAGCGAUUUAGAUGAGUCACAUGAGAACCGGAGUGUGACCCUCGAGACAGGGUAUCUGUCGUUUCAAAACGUCGAGGAAAGAGUGGAUUCUGAUUCCGAUAUUCAAAUGGAAUGGGACAUCACUAAUUCUUCUAUCGAUGUACCCUUUGAGGAGAGACGGUCUCCGUUAAUGAUGUUUUUUAGUGGAUUAACGCAUAUAAUAAGUCCAAGGAGAAAAGCGGAAGACAGCCAGAUAAAUAGGCUCAGGGAUGAGCACUUCCGUAAGCGCUCGUGGUCGUUGGAAGAGUGCUCCAUCUGCUUCGAGAUCAUGCUGAAGGAUCAGGAGCUGAUGGCCCUACCGUGCACCCACAAUUUCCACUCGCAGUGCAUCAUGCCCUGGCUUCAGGAGAAACAGACGUGCCCCAAUUGCCGGAAGGACGCCUGAUCGAAGGUGAUAAAGGAAGUAAAAAGCGCUGACUGGAUCAUUGUUUUUUUUUGUUAUUAAUAACGUAAAAUAAAAUGAUAGAAUUUUU